CUCUUUCCAGCUGAUGUGUUCAGGAAGUAGAAUGUGACUCAGCUGUUAGCUUAGCUGUUAGCACAGACAGACACAGCGGGCUAACAUGUUGUGGUUUCAGGGCUCCAUUCCAGACGCUAUUAGCUCAGCUAAACAGCGGGGCUCCGUGUUCGUGGUCGUUAUCACAGGAGACGACCAGCAGUCUUCUCAGCUGAUGUCCAGCUGGGAGGAUGACAUCGUAUCAGAAUCAGCAAACAGCUGCUGUGUGGCCAUCAGAGUGGACGCAAAGAGUGAUACCUGUGUGCAGUUUUCUCAGAUCUAUCCAGUGGUGUGCAUACCGUCAAGCUUCUUCAUCGGAGACAAUGGCAUUCCACUGGAGGUCAUCGCUGGCAGCGUGUCUGCUGAAGAGCUGAUCAACAGAAUUCACAGGGUGAAGCAGAUGCAUGCUCAGCAGAUUGGACCAGACACAAUGCCUCCUGCAGAGAACAGUCCCCAUGACAACAGGGCUUCACAUCCAGCUCCAGAACCAGCUCCAGAUUCAGAUCCAGGACCAUCAGGAGGCGUCACGUCAGCAGCAGAAACAAUAAAAGUGAGUCCUGCUGAUCAAACCUCCUCUCAGCAUCAGAGUGACGAGAACCUGGAAGCUAAAGUGGAGAGGUUGACGAAGAAACUGGAGGAGAGACGAGAGCAGAAGAAGGUGGGAGAAGACGAGAACGAGAUCAGGAAGGAGAUGGAAAGGAGGAAGACGGGCAAAGACGUGCAGGACUUUAAGAAGAAACAGGAAGACGAGAAGACGAAGAGACUCAUGGAGGAGAGGAACCGAGAGAAAGCCGAGGAGAGAGCAGCCCGAGAGCGAGUAAAACAGCAGAUUGCCAUGGACCGCGCUGACCGGGCAGCGCGUUACGCUAAAGUCCAGGAGGAGGAUCAAGCGGCUAAACUGGCGGCCCAGCAGGUGAGACAGGCGGAGCAGGAGGCCCGGAGGGAGGUGCUGCUCAGGGAGAGGAGCACCGUGGCGAGGAUACAGUUCCGGCUCCCUGACGGCUCUUCCUUCACGAACCAGUUCCCGUCACAGAGCAGACUGCAGGAGGCUCGAAACUUUGCUGUCCAGGUGUGUUUCUGUUUCCUUCUACCUGUAAAGAGCUGACUACCACUGUGUUCUCUCUGUCUCUCCUCUACUACCUAACUUAAAAUGUGUGCACUCCUCUACUCCACACACUCGUUAACUUAAAUAGUGUGCACUCCUCUACUCCACACACUCGUUAACUUAAAUAGUGUGCACUCCUCUACUCCUCACACUCGUUAACUUAAAUAGUGUGCACUCCUCUACUCCUCACACUCGUUAACUUAAAUAGUGUGCACUCCUCUACUCCUCACACUCGUUAACUUAAAUAGUGUACACUCCUCUACUCCUCACACUCGUUAACUUAAAUAGUGUGCACUCCUCUACUCCACACACUCGUUAACUUAAAUAGUGUACACUCCUCUACUCCUCACACUCGUUAACUUAAAUAGUGUGCACUCCUCACACUCGUUAACUUAAAUAGUGUGCACUCCUCACACUCGUUAACUUAAAUAGUGUGCACUCCUCACACUCGUUAACUUAAAUAGUGUGCACUCCUCACACUCGUUAACUUAAAUAGUGUACACUCCUCUACUCCACACACUCGUUAACUUAAAUAGUGUACACUCCUCUACUCCACACACUCGUUAACUUAAAUAGUGUGCUUAUCAUAUUAAUUUAAGAUUCACAAGUCACAUUUUGACAGGUAUUUGCAACUCAGGAAUUUUAUAGCAUCUAACUCUGAUUACUUCCCUCAAUGCCCGCCGGUUUCCCUGCUAGAUUCAAUUUUGAAAUGUAAAAUGGACACCAAACAUAUUAUAGGCAAGAUUUAUAUAUUGCUCAACUCUGCUCAAUGUUACUGGUCUGGAGAGCCUUAAGAACAAGUGGGAAGCAGACCUGGGUGAGGUAAUUGCAGAGGCAGUUUGGCAUAAAGUCAUACAAAGGAUUUAUUCCUCCUUGUGUGCACGCUGUAAUUCAGUUUAAAGUUGUUCAUCGUUUGCAUUGGUCCAAAGAUAAACUAGCUAAAUUUAAACAGAUCUUGACCCAACAUGUGAUCGUUGUAAACAGGCUCCUGCCACUUUGUUACAUAUGUUCUGGACAUGCCCAAAACUUUUUGGUUUCUGCUGGAGACCUUUCAAGAAUAUGUGGGACAACGGUCGACCCCUCUCCACUGAUCUCUGUUUGGUGUUGCCCAGAUGAACCCUCCUGUUAAUGGGCACCAAAACAAUAUGAUAGCCUUUUGCUCCCUUUUGGCCAGAAGACUAAUAUUAUCUAAAUGGAAGGACAUAUGGCCAAUGGAUAAGGGAGGUCAUGUUUCUAACCCACGUAGACAAAAUCAGAUAUACUAUAAGAGG